AUGGCACCAGUGCCUUUCAAUCUGACCCAGGUCCCACUCUAUGGCACUGUUGCCGGGGCAGUGGUAUUUGUAUUUUGUGUAGUGAAGGUUACUCAAAGCAUCCGGAGUACGAAAACGUUCACCCUUGGCCCAACCUUGGAAGAUAGGAUCGCUGACACAUCGACAGGAUGGAACUUUGCUCGCCAAAAUGGCUGCAAAGCACCAGCGCACUCAGUGUGCCAUGGCUGGUUUGGUAUAAACAUGAUCAUGGAGAUGGUCAACUCAAAUCGAGAGCACAACUUCACUGAACUUAUCCGCGGCUGGCAUUCAAAGUAUGGGAGUACAUUCACAGCCAGAAUGGCAACUCGGACCACAAUCUUCACAGCCGAGAGUAAGAAUAUUCAAACUAUGCUUGCGCUGAAAUUCAAAGACUUUUCCAUCGGCCCCGUGCGACAGAAUGCGUUACGCCCCGUCUUUGGCCAGGGAAUCUUCAGCGUGGAUGGGAGUAGAUGGGAGCAUUCACGAGCUCUUCUACGUCCUAACUUUUCGCGUGCCCAAAUCACCAAUACGGAGAUGUAUGAGAAUCAUGUUACAGAUCUGCUCGAACAUGUGCCCCGUGAUGGGUCGACAGUCGAACUACAAGAUCUGUUUUUGCGGCAGACUCUGGAUACCGCUAGCGAGUUCUUAUUUGGGGACUCUGUUCACUCUUUAAGGGAAGACAACUCUGCCGAAGCCGCAUUGUUUGCGACCCAAUUCACCACCGUCACGGAUGCAACAGCAAUCCGCAUUAGAAUGGGUCCCCUGAUGAUGUUCUUCCGAAACAAGGAGUACUGGACAUCAGGAGCUGGUCUGCGCAAUUACAUUGACAAGUUUGUGCAGAAAGCCAUUGACUACCGUAUUGCGGCAGACAGUGGUCAAAAGGUCGAUCCCAAAAUUAAGGAGCUAACCGACAGACAAUACGUCUUUUCCCAUGAAUUAGCAAAACAAACACUCGAUAAAACGGAGAUAACUGAUCAGCUUUUGAGUAUUCUCAUAGCUGGGCGUGAUACAACUGCCAACCUGCUAAGCAUCACUUUCUUCACCUUGGCCAGACGACCAGAUAUUUGGGACCGACUUCGAGCCGAAGUACUCGCUCUAGGCGGACGGAAACCGUCAUUUGAAGAUCUCAAGUCGAUGACCUAUAUGUCAUGGGUUUUCAAUGAAUCUCUGCGAUUGUAUCCUAUCGUGCCAUUCAAUUUCCGAGAGGCCAUCAACGACACAGUCCUCCCGGUCGGCGGAGGUCCAGAUGGCAAAUCCCCUGUGUUCGUCUCAAAGGGGCAACAGGUUACGUUUAGUGUAUACACAAUGCAUCGUGACCCGGCAGUAUACGGUGCCGACGCAGAUGAGUAUCGACCAGAACGAUGGGAGAAGCUGAGACCAGGCUGGGCCUACCUCCCCUUCAACGGCGGGCCCCGAAUCUGCAUUGGGCAGCAGUUCGCACUCACUGAGGCCGGUUACACGACGGUCCGAAUUUUGCAGGAGUUUGAGAGAAUUGAGAGUCGAGACCCGAAUCCUUGGGUCGAGGAUGUCAAGUUGACAUUGUCGAGUGCAAAUGGCACGCAGGUUUCCCUAACGCCGGCUCAGAAGUGA